AUGCGGGUCCCGGGCGCCGCAGCGGCGGCGGACAAGGCGACCACGCCGGCACGGCCGUUGACGGCCACCAGCCGUGGCGCAACAAGCAGCAAAGUGGUGGUGCGGGCCAAGACGCCGUACCCCAUACCAGGAGAUGUGGGUUACUAUCAGCGUGCCGAUGUGAAAGGACGGAUCAAGAAACCCAAGCUGGACAAAGACAUGGCCAAGCUCAAGGUGGCCGUGGCGGAUCUCUUCGCAUACUGCGAAGCGGCCAACUUCCGGGAGGUGCGUGCCAUGGUCUCCCACUAUCCGUACCUCCUGGGGCUGACGGAUGCGCAUGGCUUCUCCGCGCUUCACCACGCGGUGAUGUCCGGGGAGCCGGUCUUCAUCUCAAAGGUCUUGCAGCUCUACAGGGACCCCAAGACCUUUUCCCUGAAGAAUCUGAUCUACACCACCGAGGAGGAGUUACUGAACGACAUGGAGCUGGGUGUGCAAGUCGUUGGUCACAAGUCGGCCGAGGAUACCGAGGCCUUGGUGGUGGCUGUGCCACUGGGCAGCCGGGCAGAAGAGGCGGGUUUGAUGCCCGGCGACCGCCUGGAGGCUUGCAGUGGCACGGGUUUCUUGAGCUAUCGGCAACCGCCACCGCUGAACAAGAACAUCCUGGAAUCCUUGAGGAGCAAAUACGUCUCUACCAGCUUUGGUUUUCCGGUGACGUUGGAAUUCAGAGGGAAUGCUGCAAUGGAGAUCCUAGCGAAAGAUGGCUGGACUCCCACGCAUGGCGCAGCAGGUCGUGGAGCACAUGGUGAUAAGCAGAUCAUGUGGCAGUUACUGGGGGAGGAGGACGACUUUUCCGCUGGUUGGUGGUUGGGAAGGCGUUCCAAUCGGAGGGCCUUAAGUGCUGGACCCUGUGGGGGCAAGCGGAAACCUGCCAAGAAGGCGCCCAAAACGACGAAGUUGGUGCUGGCGCCCUCGUCGCAGGAUGCUGAGGAGAUUGUGCGCUCGGCCAAAGACCUGUCGGCUGCGCCUGCUCCCUGCGUCAGCCAUCCCCUCGAGGGCGUCGACCGAGAGGAGCGCGUGGUCACCAGCGACGGCAUCGGUGCAACGGCCCGAGACCUAGCACUGCUGCUCAGCAAGAGCCUGCAGGUGUCACCAGCACCGGCUCCGCCUGUGAAGGCGCUGCCGUCCUCGGCGUCGCUGAAGGUGCCGGCCGUUCGCCGCCCGUGA